AUGGAGAAUAAAGACAUCACAAUGGCAGCACAAAAGAGUUGCUCCUGGAAUCAAGGCCCUGGGUUCAUGUUACAGCAUCUGCUACUUUCUCGCCAUAUGACAGUGAUCGAAUUAUUGUAUCUGUCUGACUCUACAAAGUGGGCAUGCUUCCUGGGACUUGUAACGGUAGAAAUACAGACUCCAGGAUGUGAAGGGCUGGUGGUACUCUGGUCUCGUAAGUCUUCUCUAAGUUCUUAUAACUUAGUAGGAGGUGGUAUUCAUGUAGUGCCAGCACUGGACCUGCUUGCUAGAGCACAGUUACUUCCUGAGUGGAGUUAG